ACACUUUAGAAAUGACAAUAUUUUGAUGUCAUGUUGUUUAUUUAAUUUUUGAGAUUUUUUGUUGCAUGUUUUAUUUUUAUACAUAUUUUUAUUUAAGUAUUUCUUAUUUAUAUUUUUUACAAUUUAAACUUUAUAUUUUAAAAUGGGUAGUACCAGUGAGUUUGAUGAUGAUGAAGAUUUUACUGGUUUAUAUGAAAAUGGUCAUUGGGAGUGGGACGAGAAAGAAAAAGGACUUGCAUUUAUUCCAGAUCCCGAUUUAUUUGCCGAAGAGUCGUGGAUGUCGCCACCAGCAGCCGCGAUAGGUGGAGCUGAUUUUAAAGACGACAUUGACCUUGUGGAACAGCUACGCUUUAAAAAGGCAUUUGCCAGAAAAACUUUUGAUGGAGACGUUGUUAAACUUCAGGAUAUAAAGGACAUAGUCUUGUACACUGCUCCGCCUGUUUUCCUCAACCCUUCCAUUAUACAUUUGAUGCAUCUCCCCGGAACGGAUAGGUUUCUAAGGGCCCUUAUAUUAUAUCAUCAGUAUUAUUUACAGGUUGCAGAUGAAAUGAGUAAACGGAUGUUAGAAUUGGAAGUGAAAGUCCGUACUCCGUACGGUGAUAUAAUAGAAAAAGAAUACAAAGAGAAUCUUGAUGACUUACGUUUGUUAAUAACGAAAGAAUAUUCGGCCUUUGCUAUAGGAAGUGGAGAAUACAAAAAAUUUCAUCAUAUGGGACCUGCAAAGGAUAGGCCUUCGCUGUCUAAAAAAGGAAACAUUUUGUUUGAAACACUAAUUCGUCUAAGUAUUCAGGUCGUAUGGCUGGCUCUUGGGCGGAAAUCCUUUAAUCAAAUAGAGUUGGAGAUGCACCGCUUAUUUAAAACCGAAAAAUAUAAUAUGGUUGAACACAAGCUGAAGUCUAACUACGCGGCCAAAAUGUCACCUCAAGAGCGCUAUGUGCUGUUUGGGAGCUGCGUGCAUAAUGAUCGCAAGGUUAACAUUUGCUCUCCUCUGCGGAAUGAGAGCUGCAAAGACUUACCUGACUGGCGACUGUUAGGGAUUGGAGUAUUCAAAUAUCCCAACUUGGGUCGCCGGCUGAAAUAUAUGCAAGAUGCUCUAACACUACCUGAGAUGCUCUUAGAAAAAAAACGUAUUAUCGUGGGCAUCCUGGGUUUGGCGAGGAGCCGCUUUGACACUAUGCUCAAGGAGAUCACAUUUCCAGUUGGUACUAGCAGCACGUCGAUGGUUGGUGGCGCGCGAACUUCAGUAUUCAGAAAGAGCAUCAGCAGAGCCACGUCGCGUGUCUCACGCGUGUCAACAUCCCGCAAAAGCAUCGGCGUGUCCCACUUGACGAUUCCCGACAAAUUAAUACCGGACAUUGAGUUCCCGACGAGAGAAACUGAGACGGAAUGGCUUCCUAUAAAGUUCCCAGAUGAGUAUUUGCCUCAGAAUUCAUGUGAUCUGACCCAGAGACGGAAAUGGUUGGCGCGAGCCACUCGAUUAGCGCUGAAGCGGGCCAGACGACUACGACGUACGAAUAGAGCCAAAAAAUGAUUAACUUGAGUAAUCUGUUUUAAAAAUCAUCUCUACAUGUUUAUGUAGAGAUGAAAUAUGAAGUACUCAGUAAAAUAUCAAGGGCAAUCCUAGCUAGAGGUGAAGUGAUGCUAACAUAAGGGAAAACAUAAUCAACCAACCACUAACCAACCACGCAAAAUUAAUUUUAAUACUUGUUAAAGAACUUUAUCAACUAAUCCAUCCAAAAACGAAAUAUACUAAUUUGUGCCUUUGUGUUUUUUUA